CAGGUGGCUCAGUCGACGGUCGGCUACCGCGUAUUCGAGGAUAGCGGGUUGUGCGUGUGCAUCUUUUUGUUUAGCGAGGUCUGUGAAUAGCGAUAUACGAUUUACUCUCUUUUCACAAGUGAUAGAAGGAUCAAUCAAAUAUAAACGCAAGAAUGAGCCGUGUUCGGGAGUGUUUAGCCGAUCGGAUUAACGGAUGGGAAAGAUGAGUUUAUUAUACCGGAAAAGUGUGGGUACGAUGAAAGUUUGACAAAAGGAAUUAUCCCAUGUUCGAAAGGGGAAUAGAAAAUUGUUGGAUAUUAUGCUAAUCAUAGCGGAGUCAGAAUGCGAGAGGAAGAACUCGAAAUAUCACUUAAGGUGGUCAUAGUGGGAAACGGUGCCGUAGGAAAAUCGUCCAUGAUACAAAGAUUCUGCAAAGGAACAUACACGAGGGAUUACAAGAAGACAAUCGGUGUUGAUUUUCUGGAACGACAAAUAGAAGUCGACGCCGAAGACGUACGCCUUAUGCUCUGGGACACCGCUGGUCAAGAGGAAUUUGACGCUAUUACAGCUGCCUACUACAGGGGAGCUCACGCCUGUGUUCUCGCUUAUUCGGCGACGGACAGACAAUCUUUCGACGCGAUACCAUCCUGGAAAUUGAAGGUAGAAAAUGAAUGCGGAGAAAUCCCGACUGUCCUAGUACAGAACAAAAUGGAUCUGGUCGAUCAAUGCGUUAUAGACCCAGAAGAAGCCGAAAGACUGAGCAGAGCCCUCGGCUGUAAGCUCUUGAGAACUUCCGUUAAAGAGGACGUCGGGGUCGUAGGAGUAUUUCGACAUUUGGCGUCCCGAUGUCUCCACGAGAUGCGAAGAUGCGAGGAUGACUUUCAGGACGAUCUUAGGCUAUACUCGGCGGGGCCAAGGUCUCCAUCGGUCAUAAGUGCCUUUAGUCCGAACGGAUCAACGGGUGGUCGAAGCGCCGGGAAUGGAACGAUAGUUUUGCGACCAGGAGGUAGUAAAACCCGGACUCAUAGGAAGAAGAAUUUCGUCAAAAAUGCCUGCAGACUUUUAUAGCGACGACACAUUAUACCCAGUUAUUCCGAUACGGCCGCAGUCAGCUAAUGCCCAAUUUUUACUUCAACGGAGAUUCGUCGCAACGUCCACUUUUCGCGCGUAUACCGACGAGAAACUUUUUGGGAAAAACUCACGAACGCACACAAGUCGUUAAUAUAAGAGAACGUUGUGAAGUACGCGCGAUGAAUCUAAUCAUAAGUUGAAUGUAUGUAAUCCAAACCGUCCGCAAAAUAUGUACAACGAUACCUAUUAUAUGUAUAGGUAGUCUGACAGAAAGAAUUAUGACCGUCCAUCUAGAGACGUAAGAAGAUUUAUUUUACUCCUGUACAUGUGUCGGUCCGUAACUUUGGGCACGGGGUUAAAGGAACCAGGUAUCCAGUGAUUUAAUGACGUGGUAUCUUAGACACGUAGAUUUUAUCGUUAUUUUAUUAUACGAGAAGAUGGAAAUCCGCGGUCCGUAUAUUGGAGUAAAGUAAUUAUAUAGUAACAGAGAAAUCGAAAAUCAUUUUAAAACUACAUAGUUACAUAAUACGUAGGAGUUACUGCGAAAUAACUAUAAUAGUGGUAGGUGUAAAUCUUUAAAUAUGAUUUUACAGUAAUUUGUAAAUAUGUAUUUUAUUUUUCAUAUACUCUAUACAGAUUGAUUAAUAAUUUUGUUAUUUCACGUCUCGUUUCUUUCCACUUUUUCUUCUUUUUUUUUUCACUUUCCCGCAAUUCACUGCGACUAUAAUUUCUAUAAUUUUAGUUUACUUUUUCAAUUUUAUAGGAGCAAUAUUAAAAUUAAUACAUUAUAUACUAUACGCAUAUACAUAUAUAGACAGGUGUAAUAAUGAUAUAGAGUAUUUAUGUUAUACACGUUGUAAUUUGUAAUAACAAUAAUAUUAUAUAACGAAUAUCGAGAACAAUCGUUGGCAAUAAUGCGACAGGCUGCGAAUCAAUUGGUUUUUUCGUUUAUACACCAAUUUAAUGGAUCGCAUGAGAAGAAAAUAUGUAAAGAAUGAAAAAACGCUGUCCGCAUACGGUAGUCAUAUGAAAAUGAAUUAAAAGGAUGGAUGUGUGUACCUACGCCGAAAUAAUUAACCAAAUACAAUAAACAAAGAAUUACUUAUCGCAUAGAGAAAAGAAAGAGAAUGAUGAAACGGAAACUUACCUGUCAAUCAUUAGAACGUAAUUAUCGUCAAAAUUGCGUUAUAGGUAUAACGGGUGCUUGUCGUGUGCAUUAUGUAUUGAACAGACGUAUGAGCUUAACCGUUGCCGAGGAUAAGAAAAAAAACAUAGUGUACAUUAUGAAAUGCAUAGUACAUAUUCGGUAGUGAAUCUCCUUACGUGAAUGCAGUCGCGAUCAGCGCCGUAGAAGAGCCGGAAAUCGAGUUUCGUAUACUUGGACAAUGCACGAUAUGAAAAAAAAAAAUUUCAGAAUGCAAUAACAAAUAAUGAUAUUAGUGUUAAGCGUACACGUAAAGUAUGAAGGAAACUGCAAUCUCGAGUACACGUAUUUUUCUGUUGUCCGACGGGUGGCCUUCACCUUUUACAAGGCCUUGCGGAAGAGCCAAUGACCGAGUAUAAGUGUACCUAUAUAUAUAGGUAAGUAUGUUAUAUACCUGUAAUACCUCGCAGACAUCACCAGACACCUGUGAGUUACGCGUAACAACUUGAGUAUACAUGAUAAAAAAAUUGAAAAAAUAAAAAAUACUAUACGUAUGUUUGUACGCAAGUAUGUACAGCGUUGCGUGCUCGUGUAACUUACAAUUAGUCGAAACUCGUCGUACACAUUGGAGCCCGCACAAUACGUAUUCCACGAUGAAUUUAUCAUUUUAUUACAGCGAUUACAGUGGUGAAUAUGCAAAUUCAUGUCUGAAAACCAAGAUACGUGGUUAUAAAUUAUUGGGGCUAAAGACAUUUUUACUAUCAAAAACGCGUUAGCUGUAUUGUAUAAUAAAAUUACGGCCUUUUAGAUAUGUUGUAAAAUUGAUAAGACUAAUGAAAGAAUUGAUAAAAUUGAUGAUUGGGUAACUUUGUGACGAAGAUGCGGUAUUUGCCUGAACUAAGAAUACAAAUUAUUCAGCGUAGAAAAUUACCAUUGCAAUGAAUUUUACGUUUCAGCAUAAAUUUUUAUUUAGACACGAUUGAAACACAUUGCGCUUAUACGUAUACAUGUAUAUGUGUAUUAUAUAAUAAUACCGGGAAAAUUAUAUAGGAAUGGCAGCUUGACACAUUUAUUGGAGACAAUUUGAUGUUUAAGGUCCGAUUUAUACCUAUAUAUGUGUGUCGUUACGACCAAUGAAUAUUUUUGUGGAAAAGGCAUAUUGAUAAACUUACAUUCUUUUCUGUCUUUUCGAUGUUUGUAUUCCAUAUGAAUGUCCAUUAUCACAGCAAUGACAAUAGACAUGAUUUUUACACAAUAUACAUAUACUAUAUACAUAUAAUGUAUACGGAUUAUAAAUAGCAGGUCAACUAUGUCUGUGAAACAUAUCCGUAUAAAAAAGAAAAAAAUGUUCAUACUCUAUAACAUAGAGUGCUGCCCAGCGCUACGCGUUUAUUAUAAGAUUACAGGAUAAAAAUUACAUAUGUUAUUAGGAAUUUGAUAAAAAAAUAAGGCUUUUACACUAGGACACAAUGUAACAAGACUUGAUGACUCUCGAUAGUCUUCCCAAUUGUAUAACAGCUUUUAAUAAUAACAAGAGACAUUACAUUGUCUUGAAAUAAUCGUCAUUUUCUAUGACGUCUUAUCAGUCGAAAUAAAUUUGAUUUAGUCGCAAUCAAUUUAUAGAUUAUGAUGAAGUAAUUUUUUUCACGAAUUUUUUUUAACCUUUCAUCACACAUGUAUACCUAAGCUAACAAUUGAUUAUACAACUUUUAUAAUAUAACAGUUGCGACCAAUUGUAAAAAUAUAAGGAACAGGUUCUAUAUUUCUCGCACCAGGUUCGAAUUUGAUUUUAAUUUAAUCGAUUAGAAAAACAGUAUUAUUCUAUUCAAGAAUUAUUCUAUUUAUA